GCAAAGGUCUUCAGAACGCGCCCUUAAGUGCCAUCAGCGCGUCCUUCGGAAUGCGCCUCAACCGGCGGUGAUUGGUCCGCGGCCGCGCCGCCAUUAUGUCCUUCCAUCGCGCCUACGUGACUAGUCGGACGCGAACACUCUCGAUGAAAGUACCGGUUUACCGACGCGUGUGCGCAGAUAUAAAGUGUUGUUUUCUUAAAGUUGAUUGUAAAAUACCUUUAUUAAAUUUGUCAAACUAACUAUCGUUUUACUCCAAAAUACCCGAAAACCCAUGAACAUUAAAAAUGGCGCCCAACUAGAGGCUUUGGAGUAAACUUUUACGUGAACUUUUUGUGAAACUUCGUGAAAAGUUAUUAUCGUAAAAAAAAAAAGUAUGACAAAAUCGCGCACACGUCGUCAGUCUCGUCGACAAUCUGAGUUUUUCGACCCGGCGGAAGACGGUUCUUCCCCGCCGCCGACUACAACGGGAAAUAUGUCUGUCAACGACAUGGCCGCCAUGAUGUCCACGUGGCAACGCAACCAAGAGGAAACGUUUGAGAGACUACUGCACACAGUUCUCAACCACUCGCAGCGGCCAUCGUCCCCGCCCGCUCAACCUGCACAUGGAAACUUCGCUUCGUGCAAGGCUCGCUAUAGCGGAGCGCCAGACGAAUCUCUCGACGGCUUUAUAGACGCCGUAGAAGCCUACAAAGAAUGUGCAAAUGUUAACGAAACUAAUGCACUACGUGGGUUGUCAAUGUUGUUAACUCAUGAAGCCGCGACAUGGUGGCAAGGGAUUAAAACCACCACGAACAAGUGGGACCACGCCCUCACAUCCCUCAGAGGUGCGUUUGGUGAUAGCCGACCUCCGCAUCGUAUAUACAAGGAGCUAUUCGCCAACCCACAACAAGCAAAUGAGAAAACGGAACUCUUUAUCGCAAAAACACGAGCGUUAUUAUCACGUCUACCAAAGGACGAUCUGACAACCAAAGUCCAGAUGGACAUGGUGUACGGACUACUACAUAGUAAAAUACGAGAGCGUCUGAGAAGAGAGGAGAUUGAUACAUUCGACACGCUACUCAGAAAGUCUAGAGAGAUAGAAGAAUCUUGCGACGAGAGUCUAUCAACCACUGGCCUUCAGAACAAGCUGCGACAACGCCAGUUCCCGCCAACUUCUCGUCACGCCGCAAGCGUCACCGCCGCCCAGGGGUCAACGACCGCGCCACCACUAGCACCGCAGAGCGCGCCCAAGCCGCCUGCGCCCGCCGCUGAGUCCAGCGCCCACGGCACCUACCGCCGUCCUCCUCGCAACUCCGUGGUGCCGCACACACCGUCGUCUCUACAACCCCACGGCUCUUCUACGCCGUUCGCGAACGCCAAACGUCGAUAUUGCUUCUAUUGCAAGAGUUAUGGACAUACACGUGAUGAGUGUCGUAGGUUAGCAGCUAAAGGCAAACAGGACAUUGAUAACGCCGCCGACCCUAUCCCGUCAUGUUACGGAUGCAAUGAGCGAGGUGUCACUCGAUCACAGUGUGCUAAAUGUAAUUCGGACUUCUCUGCGUGUGAAUACGACCGUCCGAAAGGCGCGCUGAUGGGCACAUACGGUACAAGGUAUUCCACCACUGUUAUCAAAUCAUCUUGUGAUAAGGAUGAGUCCCAGGUGAGUUCCAUUUCAUCUUAUAACAGUGUGUCACAUAAAGGUUUCCCCUCAAGCAUGUUACCACCCCCCAAGUCCAACUUUGAUUCAGUGAACCAUAAACCGUCAUUGGUAAAUAAUAUUGCAUGGGAAUGCUCUGAAAAUUUUUUGCCUACUCAAUUUAAAUCAGCUUUACCUGAAUUGUUUCAUACUAAAAAUAAUCACACAGAGUUUUUACCUAAACAAUUUACAUCUGUGUUACCUGAGUUAUUUUAUGCUAACAUUGAUCACAUAGAGUUUUUGCCUAUUGAUUUUACUGCAUUCUUGCCAUAUCAAUACUUUCUUUGUGAUAAUGGGUGUGUCGUUAAUUUAAGUCGUGAUACUAAUAUGUUUGAGUGCAUGCCACAUGAUGCGCCUCCUCCGACUUCUAAGCUAACUAACAUGCUUGGUGAUUGUUCUAUAAGUAAGUGCAAUUUGACCACAACCAAAUCAAUCUCAUUUUCGACACCUACUGAUAAGAAUAGGGUGACUAUGAUUUUUUCCGGACAUCCGCGGAAUUCGAACAUAGAAGUUAGGGUGACCAUGAAAAAUGUUUUCUAUGAACAAUCCGGAAAUAUAAAUAAUUUGAAAAAUAAUUUUACUACGCCUACUAGGUUGACCAUGCAGGACGAUUGUAAUAAUAAUCAAAAAUUAUUUCCUAAAGUUGAGUCACAAUUUUUAUUAAAUAGAGCGACCACGUGUUCGAACAUUUCUCUGUCGACUCUUGAUUCAACUAAUUCAAACGCUCAUCCACAAGUGUCAGACACUUGUCAAUCCCAACGGAGACCAAUUCUUGGAGUGGAAAUUCUAGGUGUAAGGGGUACCGCACUAUUGGAUACAGGUGCUAAAGGGUGUAUUGCGGGUGCUUCCUUAUAUCAGGUGUUGCUUAGGCAUAAUCAUGCCUGCCAAGAAACCACUAAACGCGUUCGUCUCGCUGAUGGCUCCGUGCAGAUUCGUGAGUUAUUGGUUACUAACCUGCAUGUUAAACUAAAAAGUAAACUAUUGUGUUUGGAGUUCAUUAUUUUCCCAGACACCGAAUCCAAUGAUACUAUUCUUGGUAUGGAUUUUAUUGCUUCAGCGGGUAUGGUGCUUGAUUUCGCUGCUUCAAUUUGGUAUUUUUCUGGUGAUGAGGUUACUUACCCAUUGGAAUAUGAACUUUCCAGACCCUGCGUGUCCGUAUCCUCUGCAGAUUUCCUACGUGAGGAGGAAGGAGUUAUGCUGCAUCCCGAAGAGAGACUGCUGUUGUCCGACUUCCUAAAACAGAACGAAGACCUGUUCGAACCAGGGGGAGGACCAACUCCGUACGCAGAGCAUCACAUCGACACGGGCGAUAACGCUCCUAUAGCCGUUCCACCAUAUAGGCUCACUCCAGCAAAAAAAGAGAUAAUGAAGGCAGAGUUGGAGAAAAUGUUAGCAGACGACGUGAUUGAAGAGUGUGAGUCUGCGUGGUCUGCGCCUGCUCUUCUUGUCCCGAAGAAGGACGGAUCUUUUAGAUUUUGCGUCGACUACCGUCGCCUCAAUGCGAUCACCAAGACCGAUAGUUAUCCAAUUCCCUUAAUCGAUGAUUUAUUGCAGAUGACCAAACGGGAUUGUCACAUGUCCACCAUUGACCUGCGCGCCGGAUAUUGGCAAGUCAAUGUAGCAGAAAAAGACAGAGACAAAACCGCCUUUAUAAGUCCUUUUGGUACGUAUAGGUUCAAGCGCAUGCCGUUCGGCUUAAAAAACGCGCCAUCUACCUUUCAGCGAUUGAUCGAUCGUUUCCGCUCGAGUUCGUCGUUGCAGGACAUCACUUUGUUGGCAUAUUUGGAUGACAUCCUGGUGAUCACACAGGGAAGUUUUCAGGACCAUCUUCAGGAUCUUGACAAGGUUUUUGACAGACUGCGUCACUUUGGGCUCCACGCGAACCGCGCCAAAUGUCACUUCGCUCGCCAGGAAGUUACAUACCUAGGCCAUGUGAUCACACCCAAAGGAAUCAAGCCGGAUAGCACCAAAGUCGACGCCGUCCUGAAAAUGAAGGAACCACACAAUCUCAAACAUUUGAAAUCAUUUUUACAGACCUGUUCCUGGUUUAGGAAAUUUAUUCCUGAUUUCUCGCGUAUUGCCGAACCACUGUCAAAACUUACACGCAAAAACGAAGCGUGGACCUGGGGUGAAGCACAGCAACGCGCCUUUGACGUGCUAAAGAGUAAGCUUACUAGCGCUCCUAUUUUGAUACAGGCCGACUACACCCAGCCCUUCUUGUUGCGCACUGAUGCCAGCAAUUAUGCUCUAGGGGCUGCACUUUUACAAGGUGACAAUAACAAUGAAAAACCAAUCGAAUACGCCAGCAGACUUCUGACUUCAGCCGAGAGGAAUUACUCUACCACCGAGCGGGAAGCCCUCGCAGUCGUAUGGGCAGUAGAAAAGUUUAGGGGUUACAUUGAUGGCCAUCUAUGCAUAGUCAAAAGUGACCACCAGCCACUUAAGUGGUUGCUUACACUCAAGUCCCCAAGUGGUCGUCUCAUCAGAUGGGCCCUGAAACUCCAGGCGUUUGAUCUCAAGAUAGAGUACUCUCCAGGUAAAGUUAAUACCUUAGCUGAUACUUUAAGUCGACCUACCUGUAAUGGUAUCAACGAAUGCGAAGUGUGUUCCGUAAUCGUCGACUUACCUCAAGCACUGCCGAGUCAGCUCCGAGCCGAGCAGCUUGAAGAUCCAGAAGUGGCUAAAAUUAUUCAAGAUUUAGAAAGCACAGACGAACUUACCUCUACUCGGUGGCUGGAACGUGGAUACGUACUGCAGCGGGGUGUGUUAUAUCGUUAUGAUCCAGAUAACGACUCCGAAGAAGCGCAGAUGGUAGUGCCAAUUUCAAAAAGGGAAGAAAUUUUAAAGUCGUUUCACGAUUCCCCAACUGCAGGCCACCAGGGUAUUGAGCGGACUCUGCAACGCAUCCGUGAACACUUCUUUUUCAUCGGGAUGCGUCGUUACGUCACAGAGUAUCUAAAAAACUGUGUGGACUGUCUCAAGUAUAAAGCCGCAAAUCAGAAACCAGCUGGUCUCCUCCAGACACCCGUGCUCCAACAAAGAUCUGAAGUCCUUGCAGUGGAUCUUUUCGGUCCCCUGCCUGAAGGAGAUCAAGGACAACGUUGGGUCCUUCUUGUUGAAGACGUAGCUACCAGGUGGGUGGAACUGUUCUCGCUUGUGGAGGCCACAGCGGAAAAUUGCGCCAAACUUCUCAUAGAAGAAUACUUUCUCAGAUAUGGAUUGCCACGUCGAGUUGUGUCCGAUAACGGCACUCAGUUCAUAUCCUCAGUAAUGCAGCUGUCGAUGUUUAUUUUAGGUGUUAAACAAGAGCUCAUUCCAGUUUACCACCCUGAAGCUAAUCCCGCCGAGCGCAAAAAUCGGGAUCUCAAAGUACAAUUGUCUUUGUUAGUAAAAAACGAACACCGUAACUGGCCUAAAUAUCUUGCCCAUGUUCGGUUCGCUAUGAACAGCGCCGUCUGUUCCACCACUGGGAAAACCCCAGCCUUUUUAACGUUCGCUCGCGAACUUCGCACACCUUUUGAGAUGCACCAUGAUUUACGUGCAAUCUUAGAUAAGGAAAACUUUGUUCCUUCGGCCACUCCAUAUUUGCGUUCCUUCGUACGUACCUUACAGGAUAUUCGAGAUCGUGUUGAGAAAAAGCAAGAUCAGCGUAAGGAGAUAGGUGAUACUGCACGGCGUUCUGUACCUACUUAUAAACAGAAUGAUUUGGUCUUGGUCAAAACCCACGUACUGAGCAAUGCCUCGAAAGGAAAAACUCGCAAAUUCAUGCCUAAACGAGAUGGCCCCUAUCGCGUUAAACGAGUUAUAACUCCCACUACUUUUAUACUCUCGAAUUUGACUGACGACGACACUGUCAUAGGUAAGUAUCACAGUUCGGACCUGACCCCCUUUAUUCAAACAUCUGAUAACGAGCAGACUACACCCGUUAUUCCAAAGAAAGGUAGAGGUAGGCCGCGUAUUAAACAGUCAGAUACCAAGUUGGACCCGGGACGUGUUACCAACUUGGAGGGGGAGCCUAUAACGCAAAGGUCUUCAGAACGCGCCCUUAAGUGCCAUCAGCGCGUCCUUCGGAAUGCGCCUCAACCGGCGGUGAUUGGUCCGCGGCCGCGCCGCCAUUAUGUCCUUCCAUCGCGCCUACGUGACUAGUCGGACGCGAACACUCUCGAUGAAAGUACCGGUUUACCGACGCGUGUGCGCAGAUAUAAAGUGUUGUUUUCUUAAAGUUGAUUGUAAAAUACCUUUAUUAAAUUUGUCAAACUAACUAUCGUUUUACUCCAAAAUACCCGAAAACCCAU